UGAAAUGAAUACAAGACGAACUACCUCACCCAGGGGUGCAUUGAUUGGCUGAAGAAGUAUGUGGACUAUGGGAGGAGCACUCUGCUGAGAACAGAGCUUCCCUCGGUGUCUCUCCUCCAGAAGACUCCCUCCUCUCCAGUGACCUGCCACGCUUCAGGUUUCUACCCCAAUAAAAUCAUGUUGUUCUGGAGGAGAGACGGAGAGGAGCUUUAUGAGGACGUGGACCACGGAGAGAUCCUCCACAACCACGAUGGAACCUUCCAGAAGAGCAUUGACCUGGACGUUUCAUCAGUCAAAGCUGAAGACUGGGGGAGGUACAGCUGUGUGUUUCAGCUCUCUGGUGUCAACGAGGACAUCGUCACCAAACUGGACCCAAAAAUGAUCAAGACCAACAGGGACAGGACUGAGAUCAGACGUGAUGGAGAGAAGCCCAGUGACCUGACCAUCCCCAUCGUUGCUGCUGUGGCUGUUAUUGCUGUGCUCAUCAUUGCUGGCAUUGGAUUCGCAGUGUACAAGAUUAGACAAGCCAAUUCCUCUACAUCUUCUUCGAUCACCUCCGAAACUGAAAUUCUGAAACCGAGUCUUGAGUCUGAUCACCAAACAGACCACCAUGCACACAUUCUUAGAUAAAUUCUGCACUGGAGAUUGUUGAAGAUUGAAGAGGUGCUGUCAGUGUCCUUUUGUGUAAGAACUGGGAAGAAAUGGAUCAUUAAUUAUUUAUAUCAUAAAUUAAAAACAAGGCCAGAGAAUUACAGAGUAAAGUGCACAUAUAAAAAAAAUCAGUAACACAUGAAUACAUAAAUUACUUUUGGAUUAUAAAGACAAAUUUGUUAAGAAAAUCAUUUUUACUAAAAAUAACAACAGAUUGUUCUACAAACAUGACAGUACAGUCAAUCAUGACAGCAGAUAAUGACAAUAAUGCUUCAAUUUAGAGUUUAUUAAUUGGCAAAAAAAA